AAGAAAAAGAAAACCAGCCCACAUCAACCAACCAACCCACCCACCCUCCACGCUGAGGCUGGAACAGGCAGGUCCCUGCCAACUCCACAGCACGCAGCAAGCAGGGAAGAAGGGAAGAAGUCCACCCUCCCCGGGCAGGAGCGGAGUUGAGCCCGAAGGAUAUUUGAUGGCACUUUGGCAACGAUGGGUCCCCCAGCAUCUUCCAGAGCCCAUUUGAGGGUGAAGGCUCUGAAAGCGCAGAGGGAGUUUGAAGCUAAAUUCACCUGAGUCUGGAUCUCUUGGUCGCUGGGAUUUAUCUAUUUUUCUUUUUGUUUUUUUUUCCUCCACGGGGAAACCGAACCAAGAAAAAAACAAAAAACAACAACGUGUUGGCUUUUUUUUUUUUUUUUUAAUCUCCCUCCUUUUUUUUUUUUUCUUUUUAUUUUUUUUAAUAUUUUUUUCCCCCUGUGGUCGGAAUGGAGGGGUUGGGUCUGUGCCUAAGAAGCAGCAGACGAACAUCGGUCCUGGGAGAAACCCGAGUGGAUGUGGGGUCCCCUGCCAGCUAACUCUCCGGGAGCUGCAGCCCCACGGCCGGAGGGGCUGGAUGCAGUGAGAGAGCCUCUCACGGGAUCCGCGUGGUGACGUGGCAGCCAAGACGUGGAAGUUUGGGACUUCUCUUCCACCGCAGCAGAAUUUGGGGGGUGGGCAGGGGUGGGUCAGGGGGACACUGGGCGUCGCAAGACCCUUCACUUUCACUGUGGGCUUGGCUCAGGGAUGACUACGGGCAGAGUCAACCCUUACAGCAUCGUGUCCUCCGAGGAAGACGGGCUGAGGUUGACCACCAUGCCUGGUAUCAACGGCUUUGGCAAUGGCAAAAUCCACACCAGGAGGAAAUGCAGGAACAGGUUUGUAAAGAAGAACGGUCAGUGCAACGUGGAGUUCACCAACAUGGAUGACAAGCCACAGAGGUACAUUGCAGACAUGUUCACCACGUGCGUUGACAUCCGCUGGAGGUAUAUGCUCUUGCUCUUUUCCCUGGCAUUUCUGGUGUCCUGGUUAUUGUUUGGGCUGAUUUUCUGGCUAAUUGCACUCAUUCAUGGAGACCUAGAAAACCCGGGUGGGGAUGACACUUUCAAGCCUUGCGUUCUGCAGGUCAAUGGCUUUGUGGCUGCUUUUCUGUUCUCCAUCGAGACCCAAACGACGAUCGGGUACGGCUUCCGCUGCGUGACCGAGGAGUGUCCGCUCGCCGUCUUCAUGGUGGUGGUUCAGUCCAUCGUGGGCUGUAUAAUCGACUCUUUCAUGAUUGGUGCAAUAAUGGCAAAAAUGGCCAGGCCCAAAAAACGGGCCCAGACAUUACUUUUCAGCCAUAACGCUGUAGUGGCGAUGAGAGAUGGAAAACUCUGCCUGAUGUGGAGAGUUGGGAACCUACGGAAAAGCCACAUAGUGGAAGCCCACGUACGAGCUCAGCUAAUUAAGCCGAGGAUCACGGAGGAAGGGGAGUACAUCCCGCUCGACCAAAUAGACAUUGACGUGGGUUUUGAUAAAGGCUUGGACCGUAUUUUCUUGGUGUCUCCCAUCACCAUUCUCCACGAGAUCAACGAAGACAGCCCCUUGUUCGGGAUCAGCCGCCAGGACUUGGAGACAGAUGACUUUGAGAUCGUCGUCAUCCUGGAGGGCAUGGUAGAGGCCACAGCCAUGACGACGCAAGCUCGGAGCUCCUACCUGGCCAGUGAGAUACUGUGGGGCCACCGCUUCGAGCCCGUCUUGUUCGAGGAGAAAAACCAGUACAAAGUAGACUAUUCCCACUUCCACAAAACCUACGAGGUCCCGUCCACCCCCCGGUGCAGCGCCAAGGACUUGGUGGAGAACAAAUUCCUGCUGCCCAGCACCAACUCCUUCUGCUACGAGAACGAGCUGGCCUUCAUGAGCCGCGACGAGGAAGAGGAAGACGAUGACAGCCGGGGCCUGGAGGACCUCAGCCCGGACAACAGGCACGAGUUCGACAGGCUUCAAGCCACAAUAGCGUUGGAUCAGCGGUCGUACAGGAGGGAGUCGGAAAUAUGACUCUUGGUCCUUCCGUUGACUUUUCCAAGGGUAUUUUUUUUCCUCCUCUAAUCUCUUCCCCUACAACCCGCUCAAAUUAUGCAGAACAAUGCAAGUGCCAUAGGAAUGCUUGAGAAAUUAGUAUCGUUCAUAGUUUUCAGUUUCAUCGCAAUAACCACUGAGCGGUCUGCAGGAGGGGACGGUGGCAGGCCACGGCGCGUCCCCCGCGCCCGGCGCCCGCGGGAGGGCCCACGGCUCUGGGGGAUGGAUGGACAGAUGGAUGGAUGGAUAGAUGGAUGGAUGGACAGAAGGAAGGAUGAGGAGAGGAGGGUCUGUGGGGCGUGGGCAGGUGCUCGCCCCGCGUGGCCCUGUGGGGCUUUGCUCUCCCCGCGGGGAAAAUGUCAGUGUUUUCCUGGAGCUGAGCACUGCGAGAUCCAAAAAGAGGAAAUAUCAGGAAACAAAUCUCACUCUCCCUCUCUUUCUUUUCUUUUCUUUUUUUUUUUUUUUUCCUUUUAUUUUUUGACUGAGCAGCAACAACAAAACAAUUGCUCCUUCGGCAGGCGGUCUGGUUCAGUUGCACAAGAACAACACUUGAAAUAACAUGCAACAUUAACGUACUUCUUUUUAAUUUGGGAAAAAAGUGGGGGAGGGAGGUGAGAGGGUUUUUAAUUUUUACACCGCACCGUUUGGGAGACUGUUUACCAAAAUAAUAAUAAUAAUUAUUAUUAUAAUUAUAACAAUAAUAAUAAUAUUAAAUCUGAAAGAAGUCAUUCAGUAUUUUUUAAAAAUGAGCAAGGGAAUGAAGAAGCCACCGGGGUCCUUUGAGGGCGUGACUUGCUGGGUAAAUGCAAGAGCUAUAAAUUAACAUUGCAUCCAGUUUUGGGGUUUUUUUUUACCACUGGCAUGGCUUCAUGGGCAGAAAACAGAUGUAAGUGACUGUAGGUCCGUGGCAGUGAAAGAAAGUAGUGGAAUUAUUGACAAAGGAUGUAAUAAGGAUAAGCAGGGCUGUGAGAGGAAAAAAAGCAUUGUAAGCACAGUAAUUAGCCAAUUUCUGGAAAUGUUGGAUUUCAGGGUGGAAAUAGGUUCUGGAACAUCAGCUGCUGAAGUGUUGGGUCUCCCCCAACAUCUCUGAUGGGGAAUUCAUAAGGUUCACCAUAACUGGGACAAAACAGUGAAAAGCACAAAAAUGAGAGUGGACCGCUCUCAAAAUUGGGUAUUUCCCCACUUUUCUGGCCAAUUUGGUAUUUUUCUUCCUUGAAGAAUAUUUUCAAACAUGGAAAUCAAUGGGAAAGCCAUCUCAUUGGGCUGCACUUCUAGUCCUGGAGCUGUGUCCGUUCCAGGCUGGGCUUUAUGAAUUCCCACCAGAAAGUCCUGCUUCAGAGACGGAUGUUUUCCCCAAAACAACAGAUGCCAGUCGAGGAAAUCACCCCAUCUUGUGCUUCAGCCCAUCCCCGUGUCCCAGCCUCAAGGUGGAUUGUGCCUUAGAGAUGCAAACUCAUCCCGUGUCCCCGCCCUUCUCCACAGCCCCCAUCCUGCAUCCUCCCCUGGGGGUGACGCUCCCUUCGCUCUGCAGCACCCACAUCCCGUCAUCCACCGCCUUUCAGGCUGGCCUUGGUGACAACCUGGUUUAGCUUUAGCUCUGGCACAAGGCAAAGCACCCCACGCACGGGAAGCCUCCGCUGCUGCCCUGCUCCCCGCAGAGGGAAGGAGUCAGGAAGGUGCAGGUUUGUGGGUCCCUUCACCUGGCUGUGCUGCUCGUUGGUGCUCCGGGAGCCAAAAUCUGGCUCCCUGCUCCCUGUGGCCAUGAGAAGGGCUUUGUACCCAUGGGCAUCCCUCAUCUGACCCUGGGCAUGGAGCUGUUGGGGAGAGGGCUCAACAGCGGGGUCCUCCACAGCAUUUUGGCUGCGAUGGGCUCCCGGUGCUUUUCCCCCCACAGCCCACACCAGGGAAGCUCUGUCCUGGGGUCAGGACUUGCUGUGGCGUGUCCAAACGUGGGCGGCAGAAGCAGGAUUUGUCCUGUGUCCCCAUCCCCACCUUCUUCUUGCCAAGAGCUCUGGGGAACGGCUGCCCUGAGUGUCCCACUGCCCUGUGCCACCGAGCACCGUGCUGGGGACAGGGACAUCAUCCCUGCAGAGUUUCUGCCCACCAGUGUCUGUCACCAUCACCCCACGCUGCCCACCAAGGGGCUGCUCUGUUUUUGGCUUCCACUAAAAACCACUGGGAGAAAACCUUCUCCAGGGGCAGCACUGGGGGACAGGUUUUCAGCACUGAGUGCCCCAAACGCGUUGUCCCCGAAAGUGGGGACGCGUAGGGACGUGCCAUUGAGCUCCAGCUGUGACAUUUAUGUUUCUAAGGCAGCAAAGGUGGAUGUGCUGUCCCAUCACCAAUCCCUUUGCUCCUGGGGGAUGCUUUUACCCCCUGCUUUUUGCACCACAGCGUCUGGGGGGGUGGGAAGGAUGGAGGGGAGGGACGGAGAGAUUUUGUGUGAGCACUACUUAUUUAUUUUUUUAAAACAAAUGCUUUUAAGUGGUUUUAGGUUCUUUUGAAUAAAUAAUAAUUAUUAAAAAAAAAUAAAAGGUGCACAUCUUGCUGCUGUAGAGUUCUCAGAGGGUUAACUUCUUUAUAAAUAUAUAUAUAUAUAUAUAUCACAGUAAAUAUUUGUAUAAAAACAAAAGAGAAAUAGAGAUGUCUUUAAGUAAAUUAUUGCUUUUAAAGAAACUUCUAUGAUUGUACAGUGUUACCCGGGAGAAUAGAAUAAUAUAUACACAUGUAUUUUUAAACUGCUGUGUAGGAGGAUGUGAACUGGGACAGGGAGCACCUGUGGCUGACACGGUGAGGGGAUUUCGGACCUUCCCUGGCCCCUGUUCACGCACCCCCUGCCCCAAAUCCCGCUAGUGAGGGUCUAGCUCUGGUGAGAUGUCCUAUAUCUACUGUAUAGUCCUUGUCCUGACCAUGGACCACGCCGGUACAUAGGGUAUAAAUAUUAUUUUUGCCUACCUGUGAGAGCUCAGAGCUACUGUUUUUCUGUUUUGUUUUGUUUUGUUCUUCCUGCCACCGGGGAGCAUCGGGAAUUCUGCCCAGCCAUAGUUUAAAUCCCAUCAAUUGUCAAAGAAAAGGGGAAAAAAGAAAAGAAGGGGGAAAAGCAAAAAAAAAAAAGAAGUGGAAAAAGCCCAAGUUCAGCACUUGGAUUUUCUUAGGGGGCUGGGAAGGCACAGGGAUGCUCUGGGUUUUUGUGGAGUGGAAUCCCUGUGGGAAGGGGUUUGGAGACGAGCAAGGUGAAAUGUUCCCCCCCACCAAAAAUCAGCCGCCGGCCAUUUCCUGGAGCAAGCCAGCUCCAUCCCUGGAGUUUACUCCGACGUUACACUUGAUCCUUGGAGGAUGGCAGGAGUCCGAGAAAGGAGAGAGCCGCUAAAUCCUCUUGGCCAGCAUCCCGUAGGGAUUGCCCUGGCCCGGGGCUCGUGGCAGCCUCCGGCAGCAGCAGCUCCCCAAGCUGGGGGUCGGGGCUGGACCUGCUGCUGCUCCCACCUGGCUUCACCCUAAAAACCUCCCCAGGGAGAGCAGAAAGCAGAUGCAACCCCACGCCUCAAAUCCACCUCUGGGAAGAGCAUCCUGUGCCCUGGGGGCUCCUCACUCGGCCGGGGCCAUCGGGACGAGCCUUAGCUUCUCAUCACCGAAUUUAGUGCACUUUGUCUUUCAGGGCUGGGACAAUCACUUAGCGCUCAACCUUCCGCGAUUCGGUGCCUGCUUGACCUUCAAACCUUUUGUAGGAGAUGAUUUCAGAGCCACCUUUUCUAUCUUUAAUAAGGCAGAACAAAUACGUUUAUUUUUAAACCCUCCUGCUCUUUCCCUUCCUCUCGUGCUGACAAACCCAAAGAGCCCCCUCGGUGUGCGUGUUCCCCCCACUUCCUCCCCAUUCCUUGCGCACAGAAACGAGCGUGUGGCAGCACUCCGGCCGCAUCCUGCCCUGCCACCCCCCAAUUCAGGAAUGCUGCCACGGGGGGGUUGGCACGGGGCAGGGUCCAGAUGCGUCACGGGCAGGGACAGGACGUGGGGCAGUGCCCGGACCCGCUGCCGCCCGUCCCCUCGCCCAGCAGCUGCGCACAUCUGUCCUGCUGCCCGCUCCCAGGGCACCGCUCCCGUCACUCCCAGGGCACCAUCUCCCCUCCAUCUCCCCCCCAAACACGCCCCAGUGCUCCCCUAAGCUUGGCCCCACGUGGUUUAGGGACAGAGGCCCGGCACCAGUUCACACGGGCGGGUUGGCAACUGGGAGCACUGGUUUCCCAGGGGUAGAAUGCUGAGUGUGUUCGUCGAGGCAGUGGUGGUAGAGAAGCUGAGGGAUGCAAUGAAGUAUCUGUACCUUUUCCACCUCCGGUGUUUCUCUGUCUCAUUGCACAUAUAUUUGAGAUAUAUGUGACAAUGUAUAUAUAUAUUUGUAAAAUGUAUUUCAGAUGACGAAACUGGCCAAUUUUAUGUUAUUUUAAAUAUAUUAUAUAUAUUAUAUAUAAGAGUCUCCA